AUGCCAGCCCCAGCUGAUCCAAAGAACUUGUCUACUAGACAAAAGAUGGAAGCUUUAAUCCGUCGUAAACAAGCUGAAAUUGUUAAAGCUUUAGAAACUCAAGAUGAUGUUAAAUUCAGGGCUGAUACUUGGACCCGUGGUAACGACGGUGGUGGUGGUACCAGUAUGGUUAUCCAAAAUGGUACCACUUACGAAAAGGGUGGUUGUAAUGUCUCUGUUGUUUAUGGUCAACUUUCUCCAGAAGCUGUUUCCGCUAUGAAACAUGAUCACAAGAACUUAGAUUUGCCAACUGACCCUAAGACUGGUUUGCCAGCUGCCGAUGGUGUUAAGUUCUUCGCUUGUGGUUUGAGUAUGGUUAUUCACCCACAUAACCCACACGCUCCAACUACUCAUUUGAACUACCGUUAUUUCGAAACCUGGAACCCAGAUGGUACUCCACAAACUUGGUGGUUCGGUGGUGGUGCCGAUUUGACCCCAUCUUACUUAUACGAAGAAGACGCUGAAAUGUUCCACAAAUUACACAAGGACGCUUUAGACAAGUACGAUGACAAAUUGUACCCACGUUUCAAGAAGUGGGCUGACGAAUAUUACAUGAUUACCCACAGAGGUGAAACUCGUGGUAUCGGUGGUACUUUCUUUGAUGACUACAACGAAAAAGAUCCAGAAGAAAUGUUGAAGAUUGUUGAAGAUAGUUUCGAUGCUUGGAUCUCUGCUUACAUUCCAAUUGUCGCCAAGAGAAAGGACAUGCCAUUCACUGAAGAACAAAAACAAUGGCAAGCUGUUAGACGUGGUAGAUACGUCGAAUUCAACAUCAUGUACGAUAGAGGUACUCAAUUCGGUUUAAGAACUCCAGGUUCCCGUAUUGAAUCCAUCAUGAUGACUUUGCCAGUUCAUGCUUCUUGGUUGUACGAUUACCAUGCUGCCCCAGGUUCUCAUGAAGAAGAAUUGAUCAAAGUUACUACUACUCCAAGAGAAUGGGUUAAAUAA